UUUAUUUGUCACGGGCACUGCUGGUCUGCAGUUUAUUGCCUACCAGGGGCCCAGAGCAGCUCUGACCACCCCAGGAUUCUCCCUCUCAACCCAAGCAGCUCCAGUUGACCUCUGACUCCUGACCUCUGGCCCCACUUGCCUUGACUGGCUUUCUGUGGCACUGAGAAGGCCCCCGAAUCUCCACUGCUGUAGAUGUGGGUAUCAAUGCCCUGCUCCUCCUGAUAGCAAAGGCCGUGAAGUGGGCUCUGCUCUGAGCCCCAAUCUGGCCCACCAUGGUACAGCGACUGCAGAACGAGCUGGCUGGCUUCUUCUUCGAGUAUGACACCCCUCGAAUGGUGCUCGUUCGCAACAAGAAGGUGGGCGUUACCUUCCGGCUAAUCCAGCUCGUGGUUCUGGUCUAUGUCAUCGGGUGGGUGUUUGUCUACGAGAAGGGCUACCAGACCUCGAGUGGCCUCAUCAGCAGUGUGUCAGUGAAGCUCAAAGGCCUGGCUGUGACCCAGCUCCAGGGCUUAGGCCCCCAGGUCUGGGAUGUGGCCGACUACGUCUUUCCAGCACAGGGGGACAGCUCCUUUGUGGUCAUGACCAAUUUCAUCAUGACCCCCCAGCAGGCUCAAGACUACUGUGCAGAGCACCCAGAAGGGGGUACGUGCAAGGACAACAGCAACUGCAUCCCGGGGAAGGCAGAAAGGAAGGCCCAAGGCAUUCGCACGGGCAAGUGUGUGGCCUUCAAUGACACUGUGCAGACGUGUGAGAUCUUCGGCUGGUGCCCUGUGGAGGUGGAUGACAUUAUCCCUCGCCCUGCCCGUCUCCAAGAGGCCGAGAACUUCACUCUCUUCAUCAAGAACAGCAUCAGCUUCCCACGCUUCAAGGUCAACAGGCACAACCUGGUGGAGGAGGUGAAUGCCUCCUACAUGAAGACCUGCCUGUAUCACAAGACCUUACACCCUCUGUGCCCUGUCUUCAACCUUGGCUAUGUAGUACAACAGUCAGGCCAGGACUUCCGGAGGCUGGCUGAGAAGGGUGGGGUGGUCGGCAUCACCAUCGACUGGAACUGUGACCUGGACUGGCAUGUGCGACACUGCAAACCCAUCUAUGAGUUCCACGGGCUGUACGGGGAGAAAAACCUGUCUCAAGGCUUCAACUUCAGGUUUGCCAGGCACUUCGUGGCAAAUGGAACCAACCACCGUCACCUCUUCAAGGUGUUCGGGAUUCGCUUUGACAUCCUGGUGGAUGGCAAGGCUGGGAAAUUUGACAUCAUCCCCACAAUGACCACCAUUGGCUCUGGCAUUGGCAUCUUCGGGGUGGCCACCGUUCUCUGUGACCUGCUGCUGCUCCACAUCCUGCCAAAGAGGCACUACUACAAGCAGAAGAAAUUCAAGUACGCGGAGGACAUGGGGCCAGGAGUGGAGGAGCGUGAUCCCGCGACCACCAGCUCCACCCUGGGCCUGCAGGAGAACAUGAGGACCUCCUGAUUUCGGCCCCUGACUGCCGACCGGAUGCAGCACAAGGCUUCACACUGGAGCCCUAGUGGGUCCCAGCCCAGGGCAGGGGUCUCUCCAGGGAGUCUCCUGCCUGCUCAGCCAGGCAGAUUCAUUUGCCCACAGCUCAGGUGGCUACUAGGAGGGACUGGUACAAUUCGGGGCACUGGCUCCAAUUCUGCAUCCCCCAAGACAGCCCAGCUCCCAGUCUCAGCCACUCCUGCUCGCAAAGGCUCUGCAAGGCACACUCACACACUUGUACCCUAGCUUUGUGCUUAUUACCUGGGGCCUUCAGUAUCCACCCCACUGCCUCAGUUUCUCUAGAUCUGUGUUCUCCAAUAUGGCAGCCACUAGUCAUAGGCCGCUAUUUAAGUAUAUUACGAUGGAAUAAAAUAAAAAAGUCCUCAGUUGAGCUAGCCACAUUUCAACUGCUCAGGAGACACACAUGGCCAAUGGCUGCUGUAUUGGAUAUCACGGAAUGUUUUUAUCAUCAGAGAAGUUUCCUUCGGGCAGGUCUAUUUGCAUCAUGUUUCUGCCCAGCCUCAGAUAGUCAGGCCCCCUGAACCUGAAGCUGCCAGGCCAGUCACAUGGAUAGCAAAUGUCUAGGCCACUUUAAGACCUUGACUUAAGAACUGCUCUCCUAGAACUUGCUGACUCAGAGCUCUUGAUAGAGUGACUUAUCCCUGGGCUGGCACCACCUGGCAGAUGUGGGCAUCGAACAGGGCUCAAACACCCUCAGCUAGUGUGUAGUGUGUUCACGUGCCACACAAUGAUUCAUACACCCUCCCCCCCGUGCACCCCCCGCCUACAAGCACACCACCACCCACGCACACGCAGCCCUCCAUCCAUGCUGUGUUUGAACAGCUUGGGCCUGCAAACACAGCCAUCUGAGCACACCUACGCCCCAAGCAGAGACACACGGUCAGUGCUGCAUCUCCUCCACGGGGAAAUGCCUCUUCCCUAGUGUGUCAGGCCAGGACAGCCCUUCUAGCGAUGAAUCCUUUCUCAGCUACCUCGGGCUGGGAUGCAAGCCUGAGCCAAGUCCUGGGCUCUGUGCCUGCGGUCCAGCCCCAGCUUCUGGGCCUGCCUGGCUCUGUCGGAACAGAAGGGCUGGGAAAGUGAAGGUGGAGUACAAUAAAUGGGAUUAGGAUGGG